UCCGCGAGCUGUGUUAGGGCCUCAGAACAGUACAUAAGGACUGCACGCAGCGUACUCAUGUUUUGGCCCAAGUACUAGCAAAACCGCUAAGCAGCGCAACACUAGCAUCCUCAGACCUUACGAAACCACCUUGUCCGAAUCCUCCAAUCGCAAUCGUUCUUGCACACUUCUACAACAAUGGGAGACCAACUUGAACUCAACACCGCUCCGCGCACCCAGCACAAUAUUGCCUUCGACGCCCUUCGUGGUUGCGUGCCCGUCGAGUUUCCUGCCGACAGCCACCUCACCCAUCCAAACUUCCUUACCGAUUCUAUCGCAUCCGUGACGGUCGCUAAUGACCUGUAUACUCAGUUAAUUGCCUUCAGCGAGCAGGUCUCUGUUUCUCUGCACGAAAUCUUGCUCGUUGCCGUCCGUAUCCUGCAUCUGCGCUACUCCGGUGUAGUCCGCGCCGCCAUCGGUACGAGUUUUUAUUGCUUGCAUUUUGCGGUACAUCGAGCUGAAUAAUGUUUCAGGUGUCGACGCUGGUGGGGAGCCUGGGGAGCCCAUGGCCAUCUGCCUGCAGGUCGAAGACGGAGAUAAGUUUGCAGAGGUUGUCCGGGCCACUCAUAAGCUCGUGUCGUCCUUAGCGCGCAACACGCUUCCAUUCGAGGCCGUUCUGCCGCAGCUCAUCGCCAACAAGAGUAGCCUCCGGGGUGCUGUCCUCCCUGUGCUUGUGCGCCUCGGGAAUGUCCCCAUCGAUGGCACAGCAGACGGGUAAGU